UCCUUUAAAAUUUACAGCAACAUUCAAAGGUAGUAUGUAAGAGAAAGCCUGAGAAUCCAGAAAAACGGGAACAAAAUUAAGAGGCUGAGGGGGAAGAAGACAUACUAUGAUUGUCUUGUAACUGAGAUGCACUUCCUGAUCACUGAAAAAUUGGAUAUGCUGGCUGUUAUCUCAGUUACCUGAGAUCUUCAGUGAAUCUCUCUUGAUCCUUCUGGGCAGAAUCAAUCAAUUAUCUUCUGAUUAAGGAAUCAGCCUGAAAAGAACACUGUGGUAUAAAAUGUGUGGCCCCAGCAGUCAGUUGUGAAGAUCAGCAAAGUGAGUAAUUUUCUCACUUUGCAUUUGAUGAUGUAAAUGACCUCUGACCAAUGGACAGCUGAACCAUGGACAAUAUAAAUGAACCUUUCUGGACUGUUUUUUUAAACCAGUUCUUUCUUUCACCCAUGGAAGCCUGUUAACGGAUUACAGUAGGAAAAAGAAAGUGGAGACGGGAAGAAAACACCUUGAAUUGGAAAGUGAUCCUACAAUGAGAAUUACGAGCACUUCUUGCAUCUGCCCAGUCCUAGUUUGUCUCUGUUUUGUGCAGAGGUGUUAUGGAACUGCACAUCAUGGCUCAAUCAAGGUGACAAGAAACCAAACUAAACAUAUAGAGGGGGAAACGGAAGUGCACCAUCGACCCAAGCGUGGAUGGGUGUGGAACCAGUUCUUUGUUUUAGAAGAGCAUAUGGGACCAGAUCCACAGUAUGUUGGAAAGCUGCACUCCAAUUCUGACAAAGGUGAUGGAUCAGUCAAAUAUAUCCUUACGGGUGAAGGGGCUGGGACUAUCUUUAUUAUUGAUGACACGACGGGGGACAUCCAUUCAACCAAAAGCCUAGACCGGGAAAAGAAGACACACUAUGUACUGCAUGCUCAGGCUAUUGAUAGACGGACGAACAAGCCUCUUGAGCCUGAAUCGGAGUUUAUUAUCAAAGUACAAGACAUCAACGACAAUGCACCAAAAUUUACAGAUGGGCCCUACAUAGUUACAGUGCCAGAGAUGUCUGAUAUGGGUACCUCAGUCCUUCAGGUGACAGCUACAGAUGCUGAUGAUCCCACCUAUGGAAAUAGUGCCCGGGUGGUAUACAGUAUUCUUCAGGGACAGCCAUAUUUCUCCGUUGACCCUAAAACAGGAGUCAUCAGGACAGCCUUGCAUAACAUGGACCGAGAAGCCAGGGAACAUUACUCGGUUGUCAUUCAAGCCAAAGAUAUGGCUGGACAAGUUGGAGGGCUGUCAGGAUCAACCACUGUAAAUAUAACACUCACCGAUGUCAACGACAACCCCCCCAGGUUCCCUCAGAAACAUUAUCAGCUGUAUGUUCCUGAGUCGGCACAAGUUGGCUCUGCAGUAGGCAAAAUCAAGGCUAAUGAUGCAGAUACUGGGUCAAAUGCAGACAUGAAAUAUUCCAUUAUAAAUGGGGAUGGAUCUGGAGUGUUUUCCAUAUCAACUGACAAAGAAACACGGGAAGGAAUUAUUUCCUUGAAGAAGCCACUCAACUAUGAAAAAAAGAAAUCCUAUACUCUUAAUAUAGAAGGAGCAAAUACCCACCUCGAUUUCCGCUUCUCACACUUAGGACCUUUUAAAGAUGUAACUAUGUUGAAGAUCAUUGUUGGGGAUGUGGAUGAGCCUCCAUUGUUCACUCUGCCAUCUUAUAUCAUGGAUGUUUAUGAAAAUGCCAAGAUUGGAACUAUUGUGGGCACAGUAACAGCACAGGAUCCAGACAGUGCUAACAACUUAGUAAGAUAUUUCAUUGAUCACAACACUGAAGAAGAUAGAUAUUUCACCAUUGAUGCAAACACAGGAACCAUUAAGACUGCCAAGGUUUUUGACAGAGAAGAAACCCCUUGGUACAACAUCACAGUCACUGCUUCUGAAAUUGAAAGUCCUGGCCUCUUGAGCCAUGUCCCUGUUGGAAUUAAAAUUCUUGACAUCAAUGACAACCCUCCAGAGCUUGCCGAAGACUAUGAUGUAGUUGUCUGUGAAAAUUCAAAGCCUAACCAGAUUAUUCAUACAAUCAGUGCUACUGACAGAGAUGACUUUACAAAUGGGCAAAGAUUUCAUUUUUCCCUGGAUGACAGUUUUCCUUUAAAUCCAAACUUUACACUAAAGGACAAUGAAGAUAAUACAGCCAGCAUCCUCACCCGGCGGAGGAGAUUUAGCCGGACUACCCAGGACAUGUAUUACCUACCCAUUAUGAUUUCUGAUGGAGGGAUUCCCUCUCUCAGCAGCAGUGCCACCCUUGUGAUACGGGUAUGUGCAUGUGAAAGGGAUGGCCGUGUGCGGACCUGCCAUGCAGAAGCCUUCCUCUCCUCUGCUGGAUUGAGCACAGGAGCCUUAAUUGCCAUCCUGCUGUGUGUCAUCAUUCUCUUGGCAAUAGUGGUCCUUUUCAUCACGCUAAGACGCAGCAAAAAGGAACCUCUGAUCAUUUCAGAGGAGGAUGUCCGGGAAAAUGUGGUCACCUAUGACGAUGAGGGGGGAGGUGAGGAGGACACUGAAGCUUUUGACAUCACUGCUUUGCGGAACCCAUCAGCUGCUGAAGAACUGAAGUAUCGAAGGGAUGUUCGGCCUGAGGUCAAGCCUACAGCCAAGCAUCCCACUUCAUCCAGCCUUGACAGUAUAGAUGUUCAUGAAUUUAUUAAACAAAGACUGGCAGAAGCAGACCUUGAUCCUAGUGUGCCCCCAUAUGAUUCUCUACAGACAUAUGCAUAUGAAGGUCAAAGGUCAGAAGCUGGAUCUAUCAGUUCUUUGGAUUCAGCAACUACACAUUCUGACCAGGAUUAUAAUUACCUUGGUGACUGGGGACCGGAGUUUAAGAAGCUAGCUGAACUUUAUGGAGAAAUAGAAUCUGAAAGAACAACUUAACUUUCUUUUGUCACCAUCCAAAUAAGGAACAUUUUAGUUCCACAAACUAAAGCGUGAAGAGUCAUAUCAAAAGAAAUAUAUACAUAUAUCUAUGAAUACAGUACUCUGAACAACUGAAAAAAGCUGUACACAGUUACUGUAGAAACAAGUGCCCUUUUCACAUUUGAAACUGGGUUCUUCAAUUGGAAGAAAGUCAAAAUUUUGGAGGAAAAAAAAAUACCUGCUACAAAAUAAAAGAUUGUCCCUUUGUGUAUAUUUUUAAUUGCUCAAUAAAUGUAAGGUAUCAGUAAUGAUACCUUAUGAUAUAUCAAGUAAACCUAUCAAUGACCAAUAUUAUUGCAAUAUCCCCAAACAUGCCAGAGCUACAGUGAGUCUACUGUGGUGCUUACUCAUGAGGAGAACCAAUUCUGUUUAAAUGGCUGUGGAAUUAUGUGUCUAGCUCUGCCUGUAGGUUUGGGGAUUUAAGGUAACCAAGGGGAUGGGUCAUUUGCUUCUGUUUUAAUAUUCCCCAGCAGUCUUAUUUCUUUCAGAAGCAUGUAUUGGGAUUAUCCAGUCAGGUGCCAUUUUAGUGUCUGCCCUAACAUUCAUCUGGAUUUUAUUUAAAUAGUGACCUCUGCUGGGAAAUGCAACACUUUACUGGGCCAAUCCUACUCAUUCCAUGCAUGGAGAGGCAAUCAAGCAAGUAUUUAAUGGCUACUUAUUGAAACACUCAUACCCCCCUCGCUCCUACAAUUUUUCAGGUUUUUUAGUGGUAUCGAUAUUGCUGAUUCUAUUCCAACCAUUAUUUUCAGUGCAAUCCUCCUGUGUGUCUAUUUAAAAGCAAAAUCCAUUGAGUAAAAUGGGUUUCGCUCCCAGAUAAGUGGGCAUAGGACUGCAGCAUUGGUCUUUUAUUAUCUUAAACAAUGUCACAUUUCUUUCUGCAACAAAGCAGAAGAUGAGUGGGUUUUUCUGUGUGGAAUUUUUUUUAUUAUGUCAUUGUUGUAUUGUGAGUUUACCUAUGCAACAGCUUGGGUUGUCUGCUCUUCACUCAGAUUGGUGAAAAUGUAGAUACAAUGUAACCAAUCACAUGCUGCUCUGAAUCAGAAGAAAAAGUAAUGAGAUAGUCACUUGAUAAGGUAUAAUCAUAGGUUUUUCUAUAUAUGUAUGUGGGAGAGCACAGAGCUCAUAGGACAGCCUUCCCUAGAUGUUCUGGACUACAAUCUCCCUUCUAGAUGUUUUGGACUACAAUUUCCAUCAUGUUUUCAUCUGCCAUGCUGGUUGGAGAUGACAUUGUAAUUCAAAACACCUGAAGGCCAUUAGGCAGCCUGAAGAGGCAUGAUGAUAAAUCGUAUUCUGAAGCUAACUGGGCCUGGACUAGUCAAUACAGUAGUCUAAAGGGUGUCGUUGGUACAAGGCACCCAUAUCAGUGGUGUGCAGAGUAGAUCUAUAACUUGCUAUUUUCUCCCCUGAGAUGCUAUUGUAAGAACAUAGAACUCCUAUUCUGUCUUGCAGCAACACCCAAUACUUUUGGGGGGGGGGGGCAUCCACUUGUUUUUUGUCAAUGUAUUUAAGUUAUUUGAUAACUGCAUAUAAAUGUGUUUUGUUUUUGUUUGUUUGUUGAAAACUAUAUGCACAUUUAACAUCAAAAUCCAGGUUUCUACUGAUAAAGGAGUUUUGGCCCUACAAAACAUGUUGGAUAUUUCCAUAAAAACAGGACAAGUUCUACUCAACUGUAAUCAAGGUUGACAAAGAAAAAUAUAGCUUUUUUGUGUACCCUUUGUAUUACCUUUUCUUAUGCUUGGGCCUUUGCAACAGCUAGAUGGGAGGCUACCUGGAAUUCCCUCCUCCCACGGUAGACUUUCCAGAGAGCUUUAAUGAAGAAUGAGGACACAACUGUAAUAUUUAAGAUAAUGUUCUGAAUAUAAGAACAUGGGAGUAUAAGAACAUUAUUGUAAACAGAAUUCUGGGAGAGUACUUCCAGGUAAUGUUGGGUUCUACUCGCAGAUCACUUUCUAGAUAACGUAAACAGGUAUCCAUCUCUAAUAUAAUGUGUAUACUGCAUAUGUACAUAUAUUCACAUGAGAGUUGUUCUUCUAAAGCUCACUGGUUAUACUGUAACCUCUGUAUCAGAUGGGGUCCAUCAUUUUAAUAAGAAAAUGCAGCCAAGCAAAUAUUGUGUUUAUGCUAUAGUUUGUUUUAUCAUUCAUUUUUUAGUUACAAUUAAUUUAUUUACCACUUUCCCAAAUGCAGUAUAGCCCCGUUUGUUGACAUCCUUGUAUGUUGAGAUAUAUAUCUAUGUGAGAGACUGUAAGGCAGAAGUGCUAUUACUUUGCAACCAUCCAUUCUUUUAUCAUCGUUGUAGAUGUGGAUCUAUAACAAGGGGGCUUUUAUUUCUUUGGUUGUAAGUAUGUUUCAAUUAAGAUCCAACUUAGCCACACUGGAAGAAGGAGGGCACCCAUCCAGCUUUCCUAUACUAUAGUGAGGGCUUGAAUUUAGCAAAGUCUAUCAAUGUCUGCUUGUGUACUAUGUCUUUCUAAUGACAAGGACAUUAUAUUUCAAACCAUAGAUGAAAGCCUUAUUCUACAGACUUUCUUGCAGUAUCAUUACCCCUUGGCUAUUGCCAAAAUAGAUAUGAAACGGCAGUACCAAAAGGGCAUCUUUGGAAAGUAUGCAGUACUCAAUGUGGUCUAAACCCUUACCAAAAAAAAGGCCAAUGUUUUCAUUAGUCCGUUGUAUUCUGACUUUCAAAAUGAGGCAUAAUGCAAACCUACAAAGGGCAUGCAAACCUACAAAAGACUAUUAGGCAGAGUGGGAUAGGUGUCUUCAACCUAAAACUAAUUGCUAGUCCAAACUAGGGUUGACCCACUGGACCAAUGGGAAGUUGAUUCACCAUUCACCAGUGGAUUCAGUGGGCCCACACUAAGUGAGCGUAACCAGUGGGAUUCAGGGCUUAACGAUGAUGGAGGUCAAGAAGUAGCAACAAGAUUUCGGAGAACAGAUCUGUGUGUGUCACAGAGUGUGAGCUCUUCUUUCUAAGCAUCUUCCCUCUGGUGCAUUCUUGUCAUAUCGAUGGGAUGGUUCAACUGUCAGUCUUGUUGGCUUCUAUAAACAGAAUUUACAUACUGGUUUUACAGACAUAACACAGCUACAGUGGGGCAAAAAAGUAUUUAGUCAGCCACCAA